AUGGACUCCGGACUAGCUGGCUUUCUGCCUCCACUUAAUCUGGCUAGAAUAAUCGCUCCUCAACGUCUUCUCGGGCUACCUCGACCUACGUCGGUUCCGGAAGUUCUCAGACCCUCGCCAAACCUCUUGAUGCAGCCAUUGAUGACAAACCGUUUUGUCUCCUCACCGCUACCAUCCGACACCGACCCCCUUACUGAAGAUUUCCAUGCAAGCGUUACCCCGGUCUACGCUCAGAAGUGUCACCUGCUCUUGGUCAAGGAACUUUUGGAACGCCACCCAGUAGCUGAGGACAGGAUUCGCGACCUCGGCGUCGGCCAAAGUCAUGAGUCGAUGUCCGCAAGCUCAGUUCUCAAAGGUGGGCAAGCCGUGGAGUAA